AUAGAUUAUCAGCCCCCAACGAUAACGUGUCCUGACAUAACAGGUCAUACAACCAAAGGAAAAGCGACAGGAAAGGUAUCAUGGAAUAUCCAGGUGACAGACAAUUCUGCAAAUGUGGAUCCGAAUGCGAAGAUAAAUUUAGCCUCAUCUCAAGAAUUUCCUAUUGGUGUGAAUCUCGUUGAGGUUGCUGCUAGUGACAACAAUGGAAAUACAGCAAUAUGCAGAUUUAGCGUUAGAAUUGCAGGUUAAUAGAUAAAAAGUGAAAAACUUCAGGCCUCUUCCACUCGUAUCAGGAGAUUUUUUGAAAAUGGAGAUUUUUUUCCUCCAAUUUCGAAAGAGCUUCUCUUAUAGGGCUCUCUUAUGACAUCAUCGUAUUUUCGUCCGUACACACGAAAACGAUAAGCCGGCGUUUUCAAAAAACUCUAUUCUUCUGGUGCCUGAAAGAGCCGUUUGGUCGGUAGGCCAAAACUGAGGAAAAAAAAUACUGAUAACAAAAAAUAUCCGGAUACGUGGGCCUGAGACUCUUCGGCUAGUGAUUUCAAGCUUCUCUUGUGUUUUCCCAAACAUGAAUAUAUUAUUCAGGGUAGGACCUUACUAAGUUAAAUUGCUAAACUAAAAACCAUACAAUAUUCAUUAGUCAACUGAGGGACGACCGGUCAUUAUUUAUCGCCGGUGGGCGGGUGGGGGAGGAUUUUUGUUGCGACAACUGAGCACUUACGUUAUCCGCCCUCAAAGAAUACAGUGUGUCUUGAUCCCCCCACCUUGGCGGUGGAAGAUUUCAUUAUCCUCCACCUCUUCUAAAGGCCAGUGUUACUAUGCAUGUAUACUGGUAGCAUGCAUGCAAGUGACGUAUAUAGAGGAUAUUACACGGUGGCUUCGCUCACUCGUGAGAUAUUGUUCUUGCCACGAGAACAUAAAAUUCAUAUCUUCGAGCUAACGUGUAAUGUUCUUUUUAUUAUAUGGAGAAACCAAUUCAACAAAAGCAAAAGGCGGGAAUCGUGACGUCAUUGAACGAUACGACACUCACAAAGGUGACAUACGGAAAAUACGCCACUCGGGUCCCGGAUGAAGUGGCGUAUGGAAUCUACGAGUGGUUUAGUUCCCAGUAAAACACUCUCCUCCAUAUAAUAGAUAUUAAUACUUACAACUCAUGAACCUUGAACAACAACUUCACAUAUUUGGUCAUCCGAUAUGAACUGAAUUGUCUGUGAAGGGUUACUCUUGUCAUCCAAAUCGUUGCAAACAUAUAUAGUCACUGUCGCUCUCGUCCUCCUCACUGCCGAAUUCUUCCUCGUAUUCUUCAUCCUCCGAUUCCCGUCACCUUCAUCAUUGGCUGACUACACGAUUUGUCUGUGUUCACAGACUCUUUGAUGUGCCGGUAUUAAUGACAUCGAACUGUGGCUUUUACUUUGUCAAGCUUCCGACCAAUAGUGGUCAAUCCAUGUAUUUUCAGGUAGAAGUUAAAUUCUUUUACCCGUAACUUUUCGAUCUUGCCCCUCUCAAUAAGGGUUUCCCCUUUGAAGUCCUUGUAUGUCCAUUCCGUCUCUCGUCUCUUUUGUUCCUCAGCUUCUCUUGUUCUAACGCCUUUUCUGAUAUCAAUAUCUUUCAGAUGAUUAAUAUAUGUAAGUAGACUAGCCAAAAGGCGAGUCCACUGCUCUACCAUAAAACCUAGACGGUCCUAGACUAUACAGAAAUACACUGAUUGUACUGUAUGAAAACUAGCUAAAGAGACAGACUGCGAACAGCUAUAUAAUCAGAGGCGGCGGAGUGUUUUGAAACAUGGGACGCUCAUAUUCCACUUAGCCGUACACAUGUCCCAACUUAAAUUUUCCAAAAUACCAUUUGCGUUGUUCGUUGGCACAAGCAAACCUCUUUGUAACCUUGACAGUGUCUUGUGUGUCCGUGAUCGAUUUGUGACGACAGUGCAUCAGUAGGCAGUUGUUUAGGCGGUCCUCCUUCAUGGUGCUUCUCAGGUAGUUCUUGAGAUCUCACAAGUAAUGUCAAAUACAGCCGUAGUGUUUUUCGGCACUAAAACGUGGAGGGCUCUGUCCACAAAUUUUUGUUUAGGCGGGGGCUACGCAUUCCCCUGCUCCCCUGACAGUUAAUGGUCAUAAACUCUGUUUUGGAUGCACUGAUAACAAGACCAAGGUCCGAAGCGGCAUCAGCAGUUCUGGUGAGCUGGGACUGGGCCCGUGAUAUUGAUAUUGUGAUAUUCUAGGAGGGCGAUGUCAUCAGCCAAAUCCAGGUCUUUCACCAUUUUAGCUGGAUACCUUCUCGACUGACGAGAACAGGUUACCACUCCGGAGUCAGGUCCAGAUGCCUUACCCAAAAGGUAGUCAACAGGAAUGAUAAAAAAUGAUAAAGAGGAAGGGUGCCAAAACAUCGCCCUGAAGGACUCCUUUUGUAACAUCAAAGGGAUCGGAGAUGCUUCCAUCCACCAUUACAGCACUGCUGGAAUUCCUGUGAAGAACUUGUUGUAUGACAUUGACUAUAGUUUUGGGGAUGCCGUAGUGUCGCAGUACUACGACUAACAUAGCUGUUCUUUUGAUGAAAUCAAAGACUUUCUUGAAAUCCACAAAGGUAACAGUAAGUGGGAUUUAGUAUUCUUUGACCCCUUCUAUAAUUCUUCUCAGUAUGUGGAUUUGCUGAGCACAGCUUCGACUUGGUCUAAAGCCAGCUUCAAGUUUCCUCAGAACAGGAUCUACAUUUUGUCGAAUUCUAUUGAACAAGAUCUUAUUGUACGCCUUUGCAGCAUUGGACAAGAGGGAAAUGCCUCUAUAGUUUGUCAUCAGUGAGAAGUCACCUUCCUAAGGUGGCGAAAUAAUAACAUUGUGGUGGUAAUAAUGAGGUAUAAACUUCAGAGCAAAAUACAUGAAUGGCGUCAAGCAUUUGAUUACUGCCGCCUUGAUGUGCCUCAGUAGUAAAGGCACAAUCCAAAGCUGUUGCUCAUUGUUGUUUGUUUUCGUGGCUGCAAUUGCUUCAGCAGUCUUCUCUCUAGUUGGGGGAUCAAUUUUAUCGACAAAAUACAUGAAUGGUAUCAAGCAUUUGAUCACUGCCGCCUUGAAGUGCCUCAGUAGUAAAGGCACAAUCCAAAGCUGCUGCUUAUUGUUGUUUCUUUUCAUGGCUGCAAUUGCUUCAGCAGUCUCCUAUCUAGUUGGAAUCAAUUUUUAUCGGAAGGUCUUCUGCUGCUAAAGGGGGUAGCUCUGAGGGUGUUAUCCCAUUGAAUUCUCGAAGCUUCGCCGCUUAUUUGCCAUCUCGCCAAUGAGGCUAUGAGAGGAACUUGGGAGCGAAAUUCUAUAAAGUUCUUAGAUUCGUCGGACGAAUCGUCUUCAUCCUAAUCCGAAAGGAAAUCAAUCUUUAAACAGACUCUGCGAAGAUGAACAAACAUGCUCUAUGGAUCACGUAACGCUCUCUGGGUUACUGGGUUAAUAAUUGAUAUUGUUCAUUUUCUUUAAGGAAAAAUCUACUUAUUUUAUAAACUGGGCGUGCCUUGAGGCAGCCCAGUUAAUAGCAUACUUCUCAUCAACAUUGUAUUUUGAGCAGAAGCUCUUGAUGGUAUCUCCAUCGUCCACCUUUGAGCUAGUCUGCUACACAGCCGUUUUUAGUGUCGUCACGCAACGCUCCUUCCCAGGAGGAGCAUUGCGUGACGACACUAAAAACGGCUGUGUAGCAGACUACCUUUGAGCGUCAACUGGUUCUAUUGUACUGAUCGUUAAUGCUUGGAAUAACUUGCCUAAACUGUUAUACACGCAGGAUUGCUGACUUUAUUUCGCAACAGAUUAAGGAUUUAUAUGAAUAUUGCUUAAUACGUUUGUAAAUAGUUUCAAUUAUGAUAUGCAAAUGAUAUUUUUUACUGUUAGUAGUUUUUAUGCACCUAAAAAGGGUUGGCAGGGAGAAUAAAGAGAGACUGCUCGUAGUCUACUGUUUGCCUAAAAUACCUUUUUGUUAGUUCAAUAAGGACACAGCAGUUCAAUAAGUACACAACUGAUCAAUAACCACACCAGUAGUUCAAUGACUACACAUCAGUUCAUUGAGCGUAAACUACAUGCAGCUGCGGGAAGAAUAGCCACAAAUACGUUAGUUAUUUCUUAAUAAGAAUGCAUAGCAUUAAGUAAGUGGUAAAUACUCAUUUAGCUAUGGUACGAGAACUAAAUAGAUAAAUAGCUAUGUUACACUGUUAUUAAGUUCUAGUGAGCUCACUAAUAUAGACGGGAACAUAGACUGAUGUUAUUUUUAAAAAAAUUUUAGUCCGCUCAGAAGGUCUGUCAUUCUCAUCAGGGGCACAGUGAACAGACCUGGAAAGAGAGUCAACACCGAAAGGGUAAAGCCAACUCGGUCCGGAGAAAACUUCAACUAAACAACCCGACAACGCGCGCGUUAAUAAAACAGAAAAAAAUACAGUUAACCGUGGAUGAAAUCUUGUUUUUUGACUCUCUUUCCGCACGUUUCAAACCGUGGUACCACAGCUACCUACUAUUUACUAAGUGCGUGAUCUUGUGAGUAGCGAGCCGGCGUUUUGAACAAAAACGAAGCAAUUGGCAACUUCUUUAUGAUAAAAAGGUUUGUAAUGUUUAACGGGACGAGGAAGAAGUAGUUAAACACUAAUAUACACUGUUCCAUAAAAUGCUAUAGCAGCCUUACUAAACAGAAUGAAAAUUACCAUCGGUCCACGCGCACUUCCUUUUUUUCUUUUCCCCAACCCCCUCGAGCAUUUUUCUUUUAUUUUUCUCUUCUUUCCAACCUUCCUACAACACAAAAAGGCCUCUGUAGGGAAGAGAAUAGUAUGCGCGUACCCUUUGUCUCCUACGAUAAAAUCUUGACCUUUUCUUUUUACAAUGUCAUUUUACUUUAGAUAUUGAACCACCUAUCGUCGAGCAGUGUCCAGGAGAUAUUGUCCGAGAAGAGGAAGACAGAGAAGUGAGAGUAGACUGGACGAGACCAGUUUUCUCCGACAAUUCGGGAAGUGUCACGUUCUCUUCAAACAGACACAACGGAGAUUUAUAUGAAGUUCCCGGCACCUAUCUAAUUGUGUAUACCGCAGAGGACCCGUCAAAUAAUGAGAACAAAAAAUGUUCAUUCACGAUAACACUGAAAAGUAAGAUUUACUCAUAUACUUAAGUUACUAAAUUUUCAGCACUGUUUCACGAACUGCUAUACUAAUAAUCAUAAAGAGACUUUUAGUUGCAAGUUUUCACUUUUCUAUCUGAGUAGUUUUAGUGCAAUAACUUUCAUGGCAUUGAGACUAUUUUGAAAAAAAGUAAUAGCACAUUUGAUAUUUUUAACACAACACAUGUUAUCAAAAAGGCAGUUCUUCUGCUAAGACUAGUUAAAUGAAUAUGGCGAUAAUAAUGUAAGUGUAAAAAAUAGGUAACAAGAGCCUUAGAAAUAUAAAUACAUUUAUUAAACCAUGUAAAGAUAUCAACAAGAAAACUAAGGAACAAUGCAUAUCUUAAACAAAGGCUGGAAUUGAAGUGCUGUAAUAGACCAUUUUACAGUUAUGGAUGGAAGCGAGGCUGAGGGUGACCUUUCUUUGAUACAAACCUUCCUGCUUUAUCAUGUAAAUCAAUUUAUUCUUAUGCUUACUAAUAUUUUUCAAGAACAAUUUCCAUAACAAAGCAAAGAAGGUUUGUAUCAAAACAAGGUCACCCUCACCCUCGCUUCCAUCCAUAACUGUAAAAUGGCCUAUUGUUAAGUUGACCUACCUUUUCAAUAUUUUAAACCCUUAAGCUAAACAAUCAAGGGAAACAAGUUUUGUUGUGUUUUCUUGCAGAAAAAAAGUGUCCUUUAUACCCACCUCCUAAAAACGGAGCCCUAGCGUGCGUUAGUAAAGGUGGUGAUAAUAUUUGUGCGGUCAUGUGUCAGACUGGCACUGACUUUGAGUUUAACGUCCCAUUACUGUACUUCUGUUCAUCUGGACAGUGGAGGUUCUAUGCGCUCUCCGGCGUGCCUUAUGAUUCGACUUUACCCUGGCCAAACUGUACUGGUAAGAGCUCUUAAUAAUUAUUUUUUCCAGUCCUCUUGAGUAGCCUGUCCCAGCCAGACUCUCGGUUAGUGAAGAUGAGCGAAAAGAGCGACUAGCGGUAACUAAAAAAGGGAGCGAACGAGCGACCGAGCCCAAAAAAAUCCCCUUCUUUCCCAGGCUUCCACGUUGCUUAGCGCCAUUUUCGAUCCGCUUCCCCCACUGUCUUGGAACCUGGAACAGACCACCCAGUCUCGAGAGCUAAGGAUUUUUUUAUGACGCUUUUAGAAUUACCAAUUUAUGCACUAAAGCACUCGUACCAUUAAACUGGGGUGUCCCAUUUUGGUCUUACACACAGGUCUACUUUUCGUUUCAAGAUAUGUACGAUCUGUUAAGUCAUACUACAAAUCAAGACUCUUGAAGUUUCAAGAGCAACAAUUAAACCAUGGAUGAUAGAAGUAAAGUAAAGUAAAGUAGAGUAAAACUUUAUUUACACAAGGUAGCCCAUUCAGCUCGGGGCCCUGUAUCUUUCAAAUUAAUUUACAUCAAGAAUUUUCACCAAUUAUUACACUUAAAAAGCCUAAUAAAAAUACAGUAAUAGAAUUUAACAACUGCAUUAAAAAGCCUAAAAAGGCAGUGCAAAGUCACAUUUAAAGCCUAAAAUAUAAUAAAAUAUCAAAGUUAUGAUAGAAAGAAAUGUCUUGCUCGGCGGCAGAACGUUUGAAUGUUUUCACUCUUCACAAUUUCAUGUUUAAAGGGAGUUUGUUAAAAGUUUUUGGGCCAGUAAAAAGAAAGAUCCUUUUCCCAAAAUUCUGUUUAACGUUUCGUAGGGAUAACUUCAUACUUUGCCAUGUGGAAUAAUUGUGAAUGUUCCAAAACCUAGUAAAAUAUAAUGAAAAAUAACUAGGAACUAAUUAGUGAAGACAGAGAAAAACGAGUCUAGCCUUGUGGUAAGAGCGUCUGCUGGAAAGAGUCGGCCAGUGCAGCUUUUCUGCUGCUUCAGAUGAGCGAAAGAAUGGGUCUUUUUAUUAUCCAUAAACAAACCAAAGGAGAUUUACAAUUCUGGAAAAAUUUGUACUUUUCACUACUUUUGCUCAAACACAAAUUGUUUUUUAGAACGACGCGAUAUCGAACGUAACUUUUAAAAUGUGACAAGUAACAUGACUAACAUGACCGACAGAAAUUUCAUACCCACAGUUUUUGUAUAUAUUGUGUCUGGGUGAUCCCAAAGAAGCACUCGUUCUCUUUUAAUUUCUUUUUCUUUGUUUGUUUGUUUUAAAUGUGCUUGAUCUUCAUCAAUGCGUACAUCAUUUUCGCAGUUCAUUCAUUUCUUUGUUUGGGUUUGUGCCACUAAAAUAAAUGUAAAGCAAGCUAGAAGUUUUUUUCCGUUUAAGACAAUAACAGAUAACUAUAAGGUCUUUUUAAGUUACAGUUAUAUCAAGAUCCGGAAUAACCAUGUGAGAAAGUCAGAUGCCAUUGUUUUAAAUUUCUUUUGAAAUGGGACUUAAUUUUUUUUCAUUUCCAUUUUCUUUUUCUUUUUUUUUUAAUGCAGCUGGGGUGAAUCCAUCGUCAUCGAUAAAGUCGUGGAACCAGCAAUAUCACUACUUUGAUGGAGAUGCGCAUGAUCUUAACGUCCAAGCCUCCAUUAAAGACAAAUUCUACCAGUUGUUGACGUCGCCCUAUGUUCCUCCUUUCUUUUGCCAGUUUGACCCCGAAUGUUUGCAGAAUAUCUUCGUUUCUCCUGGGAUU